CACAAUUACAUACAUAUAUAUAUCGUAUAUUAUAUGCUAUUGAUGUUGAUUACGUGAUUUUUACACGAGAAAUUCAAAAUCGAUUAUGGAACCCAAAUUCCUGAUUUCAUCGCACAAAGCUUCGCCUUCAGUCUGCGCUCUUCCGUUUUUCCCAUCGCGAAAUUCAUCGCUGCUUCAGAAACCCAAGUCGUGCCGCUUAUCUCUCUCCUCUGAAAAGUUGAAAAAAACUCCAUUUUUAGGUCAAAAUUUAGUGUUCCGAGAGAGUAAUGAAUCCUACGCUAAUUCGAGGAGCCGUUUUCCUGUUGUAAGAGCUGGUCCUGUGAAGAGAAGGAAAGAGCAUCCCUUUGAUAACGUAAUUCAAAGGGAUAAGAAGCUGAAAUUGGUACUGAAAAUUAGGAAGAUUUUGAUGAGCCAGCCGGAUAGAAUAAUGGCACUUCGCGAUUUGGGUAGGUUCCGAAAAGCUUUAGGGCUGCAAAAGAGGAGGCGGUUUAUUGCUCUGUUACGUAAAUUUCCCUCCGUGUUCGAGAUUGUUGAAGAAGGGGUUUAUUCGCUUCGGUUCAGGUUAACCCCCGAGGCGGAGAAGCUUUACCUCGAGGAGAUGAAGAUUAGGAAUGAAAUGGAGGAUUUAUUGGUAAUUAAGUUGAGGAAAUUGUUGAUGAUGUCGAUUGACAAGCGGAUUCUUAUAGAGAAGAUUGCCCAUUUGAAGACUGAUUUAGGGCUUCCAUUGGAAUUCAGCGACACUAUUUGCCGUCGGUACCCUCAGUAUUUCAAGGUCGUUGCCACCGGACGUGGGCCCGCUUUGGAGUUGACUCAUUGGGAUCCGGAGCUCGCCAUGUCAGCGGCGGAGAUUGCUGAAGAUGACGAAAGAGAACGAGAAGUCGAAGAGAGGAACUUAAUCAUCGAUAGGGCGCCAAGAUUCAAUAGAGUGAAAUUACCGAAAGGACUUAAUCUUUCCAAGGGAGAGAUGAGAAGGAUCGGUCAAUUUCGAGAUAUACCUUACAUUUCGCCGUAUUCCGAUUUCUCGGACUUGAAAGCAGGUACACCAGAGAAAGAGAGGCAUGGGUGUGCAGUUGUACACGAGAUCUUGAGCCUUACGGUUGAGAAGAGAACACUCGUCGAUCAUUUAACUCAUUUUCGAGAGGAGUUUAGAUUCUCUCAGCAGCUUAGAGGGAUGUUGGUUAGGCAUCCAGAUAUGUUCUACGUGUCUCUAAAGGGGGAUCGGGACUCUGUUUUUCUGCGCGAGGCGUAUAGAGAUUCUCAAUUGAUUGAGAAAGAUAAGAUGUUGCUCGUUAAAGAGAAGCUUCGUGCGCUUGUGAACGUACCGAAGUUUCCUAGGAGAAAUACUCCAAGGGGUGAAGAGGGUGAAGGAACAGAAACAGAGGGUGGGUCCGGUGAAGAUGUUUGGUCGGAUAUCGAGGAUUUGGAAAGUGACGACGAAGAUGAAGAAAAUGAUGAGGGCGAAUGGAGCGAAGAUGACGAAGAAGAUGAUGAUGUGCCGCCAGAUUUUAAUGGUGAAGAACGUGAUGCAUUACCGAGAUAUAAACAGAGCAAACCGACUGAGAAAAUUAAUGGCUCGAAGAAGAGUGAUGAAGAAGUUCUUGAUCCUGUCUUUCCAGAUGGCCGACCGAGAGAGCGUUGGUGAUAACAAUGAGGUUUAUUUGCGACUCGGAACAUGCUGUAACAGAGGAAGGGGUCGAUUUCCGUCAGUUUCCUUGGUCAGUAUCUAUAAUAUUUCUCGAGAAAUCUUGAAUUAGGUAUCUUUAUGUGAUUUUUUAGGUCUAAGGAGCAACUUAGGAACUGAGAUUUGUGUAGUUGCUGCUUGUUUUUGAUGCUAUAUCUCCCUUUUGAUAAUCUUGUUUACGAAAUGUGCUAUUGUGUAGAAUUAUUCAUCCAUAUGAUAUAUGCGUGAGAAUUGUAUGUUUUUCCGUCGUGUUUUA